AUGGGUAUGGAACAGUGCGCUUCCACUCGCCGAGCAAAAGGAGCUGCGACUAUUUCCCGAAGUUCAACUCACAAACGCAAGAGAUAUGCGGAUAUGGGAGAGCGAGACGAUCAGGUUCGAGGCAGUACUAGGAAUAAAUUCAGGGAAAGAACCCGCCGACAGCGAGAGUAUUGGACCUGGGGUGGCCCAUAUACCUCACCAAGUCGUAUACAUGCCGUGUUGCUAGAUUUCUGUGGAUGUGGAAAGAAAUACUCAGGCGUCUACAAUGACGGAGACUUCGUUGGAGUUGAUGGACAACGGAUAGGCGCGAUUAUUUAG